CUUUAAUUGCCCGUUGCCCAGUUAACAGAGGGCACCGUUUACUUUGCCUGCUAAUUUUCUACUACUUGUGCAUGGACUGUACCAAUUUCAUACAAGGGCACUCUAUUUUCUUCAUUAAAGAAACCCAAGAUCCAUCUCAACUGUUUUCCUUCAUACACAAACAAAGAACGUUAUCGUAAAUCAACUUCUACUCUCUCUACACUCGAGUAUUACUCUCUCAGACGAACGCCUCUACUUCAUAACUUCUCACAACACUUUCAUCAUGUCAGCCAAGGUUCUCGCCGAUAAGGACGUCAACGCUCCCAUGAUUGAGCAGCCAGUUACCAAAGACGUUAAGAGCAUGGAGUAUCAUCGCCAGGUUCUCCAGUCCAAGAUGGCUGAGGAAGAGACUGCCAACAAGUACGUCUCGCCUUCAGACAACAUCAUGAGCCCUUGCUCUGCAAAGAUCAAUGCUCUACGAAACAAGCACGCCAGCAAGGCUAAGCCUAAGUCCUUGUUCGCCCAAGCGAGCGCUAAGAAACUCCAGGGCGACAAUCCCUUGGGGGCAAAGCCAGCACCAGCCAAGGCCGGUUUCCAGUUGUAAGAGAAUCAACAAUAUGUCUCUUCUUUCCGGAUAAAACAUGUCCACAUUUCAUGGAUACCGCUUUUGCUUUUGCUGGCUAUUGACUACUAGCCAAUGGUGUUUAUUAAACCGCUGGAGGUCAGGUUAAGGGCGUUAGGGGUUCACUUGACGUACACAUACACACAUUGUAUUGGUGAUACAGGUUACGGAAACUUUGGCUUGAUAUGACGCGAUGACAGGGUUUGGCUUGCCUUUCUUUUCUGGUGGCCGGUUUAUGUACGGAUUUUAACAAUGAAGCAUGUCUUUGAGUUCUAGACUUGAACGAAUGAAACCGAGUGUAGUAAUGAUUUUUUGUUUUGGC